CGGCGGGGCGGAGCCAGGCGGCGGCGGGGACGAGGCGCGCUCCGCACGGCCCCGCGCAGAGGGGACUCGGCGGCGGUACCUUGGACAGCGCCCGGCGAGCAGGGCAAAGCAAGCGAACCCAAAAACCUGUGAUCCAUCAAGAUCUGUCUGGACACACAGAACUUACUUUGCUUUAGCUGUAUGACUGCAAUUGAAGGAUGACUGCUUGGUGUCAAGCAGAAGAAAUAUGUAUGUAGCUUAUUUUUAUACAGAAAAGGAAUAAGAGGCAUCCUCAGAAAAACAGGAUAAGUGCAAUACCAGAGAGCCAACUGAGGCGUGAGGCUCCAUAAGUGCCCCCAAGUGGCUUCAAUUUCUCUCCUCAACAACAGAUACCCAAAGAAAUGCAGGAAUGCCUGUCCUAGAAAAAAACAUGCAGACAAAAGAGAAAGAUACAUGCAAUAAAGAUGAGACGGCAGUGCCAAAACUUCCAGUCCCACCACUGCAACAGACCUUGCGCAUGUACCUACGGUGCAUGAAACACUUGGUGCCAGAGGAGCAAUUUAGAAAGACCCAGGCCAUUGUGGAGCAGUUUGGACUUGCAGGAGGCCUGGGGGAAACCUUGCAGCAAAUCCUUGAGGAAAGAAGGGAGAAGACAACAAACUGGGUGUUUAACUACUGGCUGGAUGACAUGUACCUCAACAACCGGCUAGCUCUUCCAGUCAAUUCCAGCCCAGCAAUUAUCUUUGCUCGUCAGUAUUUCAAGGAUGUAAAUGACCAGCUGAGGUUUGCUGCCAAUCUCAUUUCAGGAGUGCAAGACUAUAAAGCUCUACUGGACAUCCAUGCUUUACCUGUUGAUUUUGCUCGUGGACAGCUGUCUGGUCAUCCUCUCUGUAUGAAGCAAUACUAUGGACUCUUUUCUUCCUAUCGCCUUCCAGGACAUACCAAAGAUACCCUUGUGGCGCAGAAAAGCAGCGUAAUGCCCGAACCAGAGCACAUCAUUGUUGCUUGUAACAACCAGUUUUUUGUUUUGGAUGUUGUCAUUAAUUUCCGUCGUCUCAGUGAGGGAGAUCUUUUCACUCAGUUACGAAAGAUAGCCAAAAUGGCAGAGAAUGAAGAGGAAAUGCUGCCUCCAAUUGGCCUGCUGACAACAGAUGGAAGAACAGAGUGGGCAGAGGCCAGGACGAUCCUUAUGAAAGACUCCACUAACCGCGACUCUCUUGACAUGAUCGAACGAUGCAUAUGCCUGGUGUGCCUGGACAGCCCAAGCGGGGUGGAACUCAAUGAUACAAACAUGGCCUUGCAGCUGCUGCAUGGGGGAGGCUACCAUAAAAACGGGGCCAACCGCUGGUAUGACAAACCUAUGCAGUUUGUGGUUGGAAGAGAUGGAGUCUGUGGUACCGUGUGUGAACAUUCCCCUUUUGAUGGCAUCGUACUGGUGCAGUGCACGGAACACUUGCUGAAGCACAUGAAAGACAGCUCCAAGAAAUUAGUCCGAGCUGAUUCAGUGAGUGAGCUUCCCGCUCCACGGAGACUAAGAUGGAAAUGUUCCCCUGAAAUUCAGGCACAUUUGGCAUCAUCAGCAGAAAAACUCCAAAGGAUAGUAAAAAAUCUGGACUUUAUUGCAUACAAGUUUGAGAACUAUGGGAAGGAAUUUAUUAAGAAACAAAAGAUUAGUCCAGAUGCCUACAUUCAAGUAGCACUUCAGCUGGCAUUUUACAGAUGCCAUGGGAGGCUUGUCCCUACCUAUGAAAGUGCUUCCAUACGCCGAUUUGAUGAGGGCAGAGUAGACAACAUUAGGUCUGCUACCUCAGAAGCAUUUGCUUUUGUAAAAGCAAUGAUUGAUGACAAGACAGCUGUACCGGAUUCUGAGAAGAUGCAGAGACUUAAGGAUGCAAUUGCAGCUCAGACUAAUUACACUGUUCUGGCUAUUACUGGAAUGGCAAUAGACAAUCACCUGCUAGGGCUCAGAGAGGUGGCAAGGGAACACUUCAAGGAACUGCCAGAGAUAUUUACGGAUGAGACUUAUUUGACAAGCAACCGAUUCAUCCUCUCAACCAGCCAGGUCCCAACUACAAUGGAAAUGUUCUGCUGCUAUGGACCUGUGGUGCCCAACGGUUAUGGGGCAUGUUACAACCCUCAGCCAGAACACAUCUUAUUCUGCAUCUCGAGCUUUAAAGACUGUAAAGAAACCUCUUCAGACACGUUUGCAACAGCUGUGGAAGAAAGCCUUCUAGAAAUGAGAGAUCUGUGCAGCAAAUGCAGCUCUACUAUGGCAAAGCCCCUUGCUACACAAGCAGCAGCCACCCAGCCCCAGAGCGACCGCAAACUCUAAGAGGCUGUGGGAACUAUUCCCCUGAAUCCACCUGUUGAAGAAACAACGACAUAGCUGUUCAAAGGCGAGAUAGUACUAGUAAUAUAUUAGCAUAGAAUCAAAAUGUCAUUUGUUUUACAGUGUCGCUAAUAUUUAAAACCCUGUAAGUACUAAAUCUACGAUUUCUUGCUUGAGAAUCAGUAAAAAAGGUUUGGUCCUACUGACUGAAAUUAAGGGGGAAGUAAUAGAAGUAUGUGUUGUGCCACUAUUUCUAACCAUUAUUAACUUAUGCCAUUUAAUCAUCUAAAAAGAAUGAGUAAGUUUAUAUAUGACAUGAAUUAAAUAACAAGAGACACCAAUUAACUAAUACCCCCUGCAAGUAGCUCCAAAAUAUUCACAUCUAUUCCUGAGAGGUUUGCAUGUAAAGAGAUAUAAAAGGCAUUUCCCUUAUUGGGAAUGUUGAGCAUAACAUUGUAAAUAAUACACUGAUGCCAUUAGAUCUUGAAAAUGUGCAUGAGGAGUAUUUAAUACCACCAAGCUGUCUCCUACAAAAGAAAAGCAGAUUAUUUCUAAGAGUGGCUGCUUCAUAUUUCUACAGACUUUAGGAAGAUUAUAUUAGUGUUUGCAUGUUCUCCCAAUUCAAAAACGCUGCAGGAAUUAUUUAGCCUUUAUUCUGGUUUGCGGUGGCCUCAAGCACAGUCCCAUUCUGAAGGCAGCGUAUUGGAGUCAAGAUCCAUCAGAGCACUGGGAGAAUGUUGUCCGUAAUGAAUUGACUUCAUUAUCCCUCUCUAUCAAUGAGCAAAAUCCAGUCUGACAGAGAGGUAAAGCACAAAGCGUAAGUGCAAUUCAAUCCUACUUAAGGCCCUUUUUGUUUGCCCAGGAAUGAAUUUAAUCCCCAUCACUAGCAGGGGAGCACAUGCAACCACAAAAAAAAAUUAAAAAAAAAUAAAAAAAAUCAAGGAGCAAUAAAUAACUAGAAUGAAGAGGUGAACUUCCAAUCCAAGGAAGACCCUAAGCUACAGCUAUAAAUACCAGGCUAAGAGUACUGGUACUCAUAUCAGCUUUGCACCAUCCCACUUGGCAGGGAUUUAUAUUUUACAGUUUUUAAUAGUAGUGUAGGACAUCACAUGCUGCAAUAUACAGUAAAUUCAGUUGGGAAAAUAAUACAGUACCUGGAAAUUCCUAUCUUCUGUGUGUUAUCCUGAGGGUUUUCUCAUUAUCUCUUUCAUUCCCUACAAAUCCUUCCAAGGACUGAUAUUUUCAGUUUUACCUUCUCUCAAGCUGAAAUAUGUUGCUUUGCUUAAAGGUGUUCAGUCAUCGUUGUUAGAAUACAACUUACUCACUGACUAAAGACACUCAUUCCCUAAUUCCAGUGCAGAUCCUUUAGCCAUGGACUGCUUACUUGCCUCUGGGGAGGUGGAGACAUUGUAUCUUCCUUCAUAGACCAAACAAUCACACGCUUAAGCACACUCAAGGCUAAAACCAGGAGAAUAAUUUAUUACAAUAAACUAGAAAGUUGUAAUAAACUUAAAUAUGUUUCCAUCAGAGAACUCUAGGUACAGAGCCAGUAGGUUAUAUACCAAUUUGUAUAUAAUAUAAUCUUUGGUUUAAACCAAAGAUGAAAUCUAUUUUUGGAUUACGUACAUAAUAUUUUGGAACAAAACCUGCCCCAAAGCUAAAAUGUAAAAGGAAAAAUAAUAAAUUAGGAAAUGCGUUAGUUAAACCAAAUAUUCACAAACAUACUCUUCAAAUAUGACUUUUAAUUGUUCCUAUACUAUAAUUAUGAAAAUGACUUUGAAAUAUCCCCAGUAAUUUUGCUUUGUUCUGUCUCAUGUCACUACAAAGGCAUUCUGCAUUUUUAGCAUAAACGUAGCACUACAACCUCAAGAUUUUUUUCAUAGAAUUUUAUGUUAAAAAUUAUAUUUUAAGUGUACAAAAAUGUUGUAAAGUUACUUGAUUGUUUAUUAAUUUGCUUCUAAUGAAUUAUAUAAUUUUAUUUUGCAUUCCUAGUUCCCCAAGUAUGAUAUUUAUUUGCAAAUAUUACCUGUGUUUUCAUUUUACUUUUUUUGGCUGGAAUUUUACCAGCAGCUCAGACAUUGUACUCAACCGGGAACUCGGGCAAAAGCUACAGCCACCCUUGAAAUUUUGUACCAAUUUAUCAUUAAGCACUCCUUACUAACGUUCAGCUGCCAGAGCAAUGUUUCGGAUUCUCCAACACUGGAAAAUACUGACAUCACACUUUUACUUGAGGAAGAAACCACUGACCACCCAUGCUUUCAAUUUAUUUAGCCAUGCAUUCCAUCCUCAUAUCUUGGAUACUUAUCAAUCUGGCUUUAGUAUUCAGAUGUACUAUGAGCAGCAUCAAAUCACUCAGUCCCUCCGGAGGAAGGCAUUGCGUACACGCCUAUCUUUACCCACGCUAAAAGUCCUAUCUGCAAGUACCUGCCUUUCUUCAAGAAACUUCACAAUCAGGUCAGAUACGUUCAAAAUGGAGAGUCCCGAUUAAAUUACAGAUGGAUAAAAUUCCCAGCACAGGGCAUUACGAACAUCUCAGUUUGGCAGCAGGAGUUUCACAAGGGACUGUGUUGCUUCUCAGUUAACAGAAUCCUCUACAUCUCUGUGGUUUGAUCCCAUGCUGCAGCUGCAUCUAUUAAGGAUUUCAGGAAAUAGGUAGUUUUCUUAGGUACUUAUUUAAAAUUAUUUAUAUUAUAAGAAUGAAGUUUUCCUCUGAGAGAAUACACAGUCUGUGCACGUGCACUUAUGGAAAUCAAAUGUGAAGCUUUAAAAAUUUUCCCACCAGAAAACCAUGGAACAGAGUGUUCAUUAUAAAGACAGAAAAAUCUUGACUGACAAAGUGUAAUUACAUGAUUUAAUGACACCUCUUGGUGGGACCAAGGAGGUACUACCCCCCUGCAAGAGAACGUGAAGGUGGAGAUUGGAUUCCCCCUCUCCCUCAGUGUACACCCACAGACAUACAGUACUGGGACGCGGAAAUGAAAUAGCCAAAUGUUGUGAACUUCUACAUCCAGUGAACAAGUGUGAAAGAAACAGUACUAGAACAGAGGGGUUGUUUAGGUGUAUGAGGACCCUGCUCUGCUCCUCAAGCCCCUGUGCCACCCGUGCCGAACCAGACAGGGCUGCGACCCACAGCAGAGCUCCUUCGGUGCAUGGGCUGCGGAAGACAUAGAAAUAUUUUAGUGAUACUUUUAUUUUUAUAAUAUAGUAUAGAUUUAUGACAGAUGUAAAUGUGUGUUUAUAGCAAUUUUUUGUUUCUGUUACGCUUUGUGCUCUACUGAGAUGUAUUUAUCCCUCUAUAUUGAUAUAUAUGACCUGAAGUGUACACCAGUACCGCCAGUUCUGCUUAUUGAAAGACGGAGCCCUGCACCGCAAAUAAAAGCUACUAGAGGAUGGAUCUUGUUGCCUCUCUGUGCCAGGCACCCCAAACACCCCAGGGAAACACCCAUCUUUUAAAUUCACUAAAAUAAGCUUGUAGAAGGUCCAACACAAAAAAGCUGAAACUAACCCUAUAGUUUGGAAGACAAGAGUGGGAGGGGAGUGACAAAAAGAUGGUUACAGAACAUAUUCUAACCUGUCACAGUGAGACAAGGCUCAGCUCUAUCACUCCGCUCAGUACAAGCGGACACACAUUCAAAUAGAGAUGUUUUUCUUACCCUUGGUGAGAAAACAGUGCGCAAGAGUGAUCAGUGAGUUAACAUCGUUUCUUGUGAAACUGAA